AUGGUUGUUGAGCUGCUCCCGCUCAUCAUGCUGACAGUUUGGGGUGUGGGUGGGGAGAAGCGGAACACUCCCCCGGGCUCUCCUCUGGGGCCCCCACCAUCCCCUGCUUUAUGCACCAAGGAGGAAAGGUCCCUUCACCUGCUCUGUGCUGCCCACAGCAAUCCCCCAGCUACACUGAGCUGGAUGCUGGGGGACCAGACCCUGGCCUCUUCCCAGCCCUCAGAAGAUGGAGCCCUUUCCCUGGAUCUGCCCCACCUGAGGCCAGAAGAUGGAGGGAACUACACUUGCCAUGCCCAGCAUCCUCUGGGCUCCCAGCAGGUCUCCCUGAGCCUCUUUGUGCAGCAUUGGGUGGGGGGAAGCUUGUGGAGGCCAAUAGUAAGAGCAAAACCUUCUGAGCCCUAUCCACCAAUUUUGGGUGUCACCAGCAGCCUGAGUGUGAAGGUGGAGCCCAGCCACAACCUCAGUUCCUAUGGUGAGGUUGCCCAUGGGCUUAGCCCUAAAGAUGUCAGGACUACACUGGGGGACAAAGAGGUAGGAGAGCUGACCUCACCUUCGUGGGUCGUCCCCUGCUCCUGUGUCCCAGUUUACUACAACUGCCAGAAUCUUGGCCACCCGGAGAUCUGGUCCUCGCCCCAGACACUGGAUGUGCAGCCCUGGGUGAGUGUGCAGGAGGGGAUGUGUGUCCAAGUCCCCUGCACCUUCUACUACCCCUCAGACUUUAACAGCAACCCAGUUUAUGGCUAUUGGUUCAGUGAAUGGACUGAUGUUUACCGUGGGACUCCUGUGGCCACAAAUCACCCAUUUCGGAUGGUGGAGGAGCAAACCCUGGGGAGAUUCCAUCUCCUUGGGGAUCCCAGGAUGAACAACUGCUCUCUCAGCAUCACAGAUGCCCAGUUCUCAGACAGUGGCAGAUACUACUUCCGGGUUGAAAAUGGAUAUGAAAGAUACAGUUACACAUGGAAGCCACUUUAUGUAAAUGUGACAGACUUGAUCCAGAAGCCAGACAUGGAUGUUCCAGAGGUGCUAGAGUCAGGGAACCCAGUGACUCUGAAGUGCACAUUUCCUUGGGCCUGUGGAAAAAAAAGGCCCUUCAAUUUCUCUUGGAGGGGGGCUGCCCUCUCCUCCCAGCCAGGAACCUCUGGGACCUCCCACUCCUCAGAGGUUUCCUUCAUCCCUGGGCACCAGCAUCAUGGCACCAACCUCACCUGUCAGGUGACCUUGCCUGGAGGCCAUUUGAGCACAGAGAGAACCAUCCAGCUCAAUGUGUCCUUCUGCUCUGCCCAGGACAACAGCUCCUGGCCACUGAUGUUCACCCUGCUGAGGGGAGCACUCAUGGGGGCUGGCUUCCUCCUCACCUAUGGCCUAACCUGGCUCUAUUACACCUGCCCUGCUUCUGGCUUUGAACCCAGCCAAGACCUGCCUCCUGCACCUGCCACUCAAUGGCUCCUUCCUGAUCUUUCCCGGAACCCACGGGCUGUUCUCCUUCUUUGUCACCAGAUGAUGGCAGGCCUCUUCUGUUCUGAAGGGGCUCAGUUUUCCCCAACACUCACCCCUAUCACUCCCUGUGAAACCCCACAGCUUCCCAAGGGUUACUUCCCAGAGAUGGCACUUGGGGGUGGUCCCUCCCUCCUGCAAAGAGUUCCCACACUCAUUGGGAGCAUCCCUGGAACCCCUCUUGCUUCAGUCAGAGGUUCCCAGCACAUCUACAGUAGCAGGCUCCAUCACAGGGGGUCUCCAGAGCAUGGAACCUGGCUCUCUGCUGCCCCAGAGAUGCUGCUGCUGCUGCUGCUGCCCCUGCUCUGGGAGGGGUCCUCGCCCCAAACACUGGAUGUGCAGCCCUGGGUGAGUGUGCAGGAGGGGCUGUGUGUCCGAGUCCCCUGCACCUUCAACUACUCCUUACCCUUUAACAGCAACCCAGUUUAUGGCUAUUGGUUCAGAGAAGGGACUCGUAUUUUCCAUGGAAGGCCUGUGGCCACAAAUGACCCAUCUCGGAUGGUGGAUGAGCAAGCCCAGGGGAGAUUCCAUCUUCUUGGGGAUCCCAGGAUGAACAACUGCUCUCUGAGCAUCACAGAUGCUGAGUCCUCAGACUGUGGCAGAUACUUCUUCCGGGUUGAAAAUGGAAAGGAAAAAUACAGUUACACAGGGAAGCUACUUUAUGUGAAUAUGACAGACUUGAUCCAGAAGCCAGAUAUCAGUGUUCCAGAGGUUCUAGAGUCAGGGAAAUCAGUGACUCUGAAGUGCACAUUUCCCUCGGCCUGUGAGGGAAAUAGGGCCUUCAAGUUCUCCUGGAAGGGGGCUGCCCUCUCCUCCCAGCCAGGAAGCUCUGGGACCUCCUUCUCCUCAGAGGUCUCCUUCAUCCCUGGGCACCAGCAUCAUGGCACCAACCUCACCUGUCAGGUGACCUUGCCUGGAGGCCGUUUGAGAACAGAGAGAACCAUCCAGCUCAAUGUGUCCUUUUGGGUCCCAGGAAAGAGCUCACCUCUUGUGGUGCAGGAGGGAGGGUCCCUUCACAUGCUCUGUGCUGCCCACAGCAAUCCCCCAGCUACACUGAGCUGGAUGCUGGGGGAUCAGACCCUGGCCUCUUCCCAGCCCUCACAUGAUGGAGUCCUGUCCCUGGAUCUGCCCCACCUGAGGCCAGGAAAUGGAGGGAAAUACACCUGCCAUACCCAGCAUCCUCUGGGCUCCCAGCAGGUCUCCCUGAGCCUCUCUGUGCAGUAUGCCCCAGGUAUGCUCAGCCUCUCUUGCUCCUGGGCUGAGGAAGGCUUGUCCUGUACCUGUUCUGUCCAAGCAGAGCCAGCCCCCUCCCUGCACUGGCAGGUGGGGGGGAAGCUUGUGGAGGGCAAUAGCAGUAGCAACACCUUCCAGGUGAUAUCAUCCAGGUCUGGGCCAUGGGCUAACAGCACCCUGAGUGUGAAGAUGGACAGGGUCCCCAACAUUGACAUCAGCUGUGAGGGGAAGAACCUACAAGGGACCCACACCCUCCUAUUCCAGCAAGUGCCAGAUUAGAGACCGAGCACUCUGUCCCAUGCAUUCCAAAAAGGUAUCAUCAUGGGGGUCCUCUGUGGAGCUGGUGUCUCAAGUCUGCUGGCCCUCUGCCUCCUCCUCCUCCUGUGAGUGCCGGGCUGAGAUUCAUGGAGCAGAAGUGACUUGCUCAAGGUCACACGUAUGACCUGGCAUGUUGUCAAGUCAUCACUUCAAACAAUCCAGGCCUGA